AUGGCGGGCGGCGGUGGUGGGCUCAAUGGCGCUGCAGUGGCCGUGGCGGCUCUUGAGGCCUGGAACGCCUGCGGCCCCGAGGGGUACGUCCUCCACACCACCAAGUUGGACCAGGCCCUGAAGGGCAUUGCCGACAAGAUCCCGUGCCGGGCUCGGCAAGCGCCCGAGCUGGGUCGUCUCUUCGUCGCGGAGAAUGGCAAGGCGCCCGUCUUUGUGCAGAUGCUCCGGCCACAGGAGGGUCAGGUGCACUUCCUUUACUUUUGGAAGGCUUUCGGGGAGGCGGCCCGCAUUGCUGGGGCUCUGGCCAUUGAGCACGACAGCCUGUCGGUGGAGCUGGAGAUGCUAAGGGACCGGGUGCUGCGACUCCUGGAAGAGUCCUUUGCGGGCGGCUCCUCCGAGGCUGGCAACGAGCUGCCCCUGGCCGCCCUUUUCGAUGAAGCGCACCGGGCUGCGAGCAUGUCUGCAUACCCGCUAUUUUGGUCGCAAGCCGUGGGGUCGCUGACCUCCACUCAAGAGCCCAAAGGUGGCACAGUGAGCUUGGAGGAAAUGACCUACUUGCUUCUCUCCUGGUUGCAAGACUCCGCUCUCUGGGAGCAUCGGGAUGAGAGACCCGAAGCCUCCCAGGCCAAAGAGGCAGCGCCAAAGGGCCUUCCAGUCUUCCUCCAUGUCUACGACGUCUCGCAGGAGGAAGGCAUACAGAAGAUCAACCGUGUGCUGGCACACAAGCACUCCCCACUCAAGUUUGGGGGAGUCUUCCAUGCCGGCGUCGAAGUGAACGGCCUCGAGUGGUGUUUCGGCUUCUCUGGGAGCGAGACUCACCCCGGCGUGGCCUGUGUGGAGCCGAGGGGACAUCCGCAGCAUCACUACCGUCAGACGGUGGCCAUGGGCUACACUCGCCUCAGCGGCGAAGAGGUCGCAGACAUCGUCACACAGCUCCUGGAGGAAUAUCCCGGCCAGGACUACGACCUUCUGCGCCGGAACUGCUGCCACUUCGCCGACGACUUCGCGCGGCGCCUGGGCGUUGGGGGCAUCCCUGGCUGGGUGAUGCGCCUGGCCAGGGUCGGUGCAGGGGUGGAAGCCAUGAUAGCCUCGGCGCCCAAGCCCAUCCGGCAGCGCUUCGGAUUUCUGACCGGUGAGGAAGAUUCGGAUUGA